AUGUUGAGGGGUGGGCGUUGUUCCUCACGUACUUCGAAGAAUAGGCGUUUAGCUGGAUGGUGGGUGCUUCUAUUAGGUUCGUUAUUACUUUCAUUGCUCUGCUGGUGUCUCCUCGCCGUAUCUGUAGACAAUGGAAUAAAAAUACCACUUCCACACUCAGAUAGUAAAAGUGGUAUCUAUCUACCACCACCUCCCUUUCCUUCUUCUUCUUCUCCUUCUCAUCAUCCUCCUCCUCCUCCUGUCGCUACGGAUGGUGUUAGUAAUGGUAGCAUUGGAAUUAUUAGUACUCUUGGUGAUGGUGGUGAUGGUGAUGGUAAUAGUAAUAAUAGUGGUGAAAGACCGUGGAAUGUACACCGCGGUAAUGGAAUGGCUGGUAUUGGUCCAGAUGCAAUCUCCUCAUGUCGAUCAUCUAUUUGUCGAUUCUGUGAGGUAAUGAUGUUAAACAACACAGAGAGUGUCCUUCACCCAUCUGUGUUGGCAUACAUCCAGCAAUAUGUUAUGAUUGGUGUUGUGACAGGAUCCCAUGAUAAUUUUUUCCGUGUGGACCUGGCACUCUGCACAUGGCUUGGACACAUUGCAGCGAAGAAUCUUUUUAUCUUCACAGACACUGCCAACACCUCUGAUGGGCGUCACGGUACGUGGAUAGAAACAGAUAACACCACCGCAUCAAAGCAACUUCAUAAAAGGAUGUUACAUCGAACGGGUUACUCUGUUGGAUGGAUGCGGGCCCAAUAUCGUUUCUUUCAUGCCUUUAGUCACUUUGCGAAUCUUAUCAAUAGUACAGAUGCGUAUUACCGUCAUGUGCGAUGGCUUAUUGUGGUGGAUGAUGAUUCAUUUAUUGAUCUUCAUGCCCUCGUACGUUUUCUCCAUCGUCGUGAUUUAAGUAACUUAAUCCGCAUGCUUGAAAGGGGAAAACACGCAGAACCCACACUUGUGCAAGAACGCUGUCAUCACCCAGUGGGUGCCACAGCAGAGGAGAUUUCUCGCUGUAUGGCUUUACCAGAAACAAUGGCAUACUUACAACAACAAAAACAAAAACAACAAGAAGUAGAAGAACAGGGGAAAAGUGUUCCGCGCCGCAGUCUGUCUGAUCCCAACAGUGAGGCACUGAUGAUAGACAGUGCCAUGUGGAAUAUCACCACCGCAUUACUGCACAGUCCCGCUAGUGUGGCGGCAUUAGAUCCCAUCUACAUUGGCGAUCAUGGAUGGGGCGGUGCCGGUCAUUAUAUGAACACCGCCGCCCUGCGGUUAUUUGCCCAACACGGUGAGGAGAAAUGUGUGCAGCGGCAUCUCAUCCACGGCCGUCUGGCCAGCGACACCGCCCUCCACCGCUGUCUGCCGUCGCUCGGCAUACAUCGCACCGGCGACACGGUGCUCUCACACUGUCAGGCACGAUUUCUGCAGCGGCGGAUGUUGGAUGGGGAACUGGUGAGUAUGCAUGCGAAGCGUGAUGAGGUGCUUCCGCAGUUUCUCGCCAUGUGGAGAAUGCGGUUAUAUUAUCAAGUGAUCUAUCACCGUAAUCACACAGCCUACAAUGUGUUAAUGCAAGUGGGAGCUUGUGCGUAUGGGUAUACGUGCAAAACGCGCAAUUGUAGGAAAGAAGAGGAUGCCGCUGCCUUAACUGCAUUUACCCAACUGAGCAAAAACAAUACUCAUUUGCCAUUGUACUAG